AUGGACUUCUAUCUUCUACUCUGGCUGUGCCCCUUGUACAUCGUGGGCACCAUCGUGUACCGGCUUUUUCUUCACCCACUGUCGGGUUUCCCCGGACCCAAACUCGCUGCUGUCACACAUUUGUACGAGUUCUACUUCAACCUGGUGCAGGAUGGCAUGUUUAUCUGGGAGGUCGAGCGUAUGCAUGCGCAAUAUGGCCCAGUCGUCCGUAUCACGCCGCACGAGCUACACAUCAAAGACGCACAUUUCUACGACGAAAUCUACGCACCGGCGUCACGCAAACGCGAGAAAUAUUCCGGCUUUGUCGCGCAUUUCGGCACGCCCUCGAGCAUGGUCACGACGAUCCAGCAUGAGCAUCACCGACUGCGGCGCGCGCCGCUGAACAGUUUCUUCUCGAAGCGGUCUGUUGUGCAGCUGGAGCCGGUGAUUCGCGAGAACAUUGGCAAGCUUGCAGACAGGCUAGCGGCUGAAAUUCAAAAGGAUGAGGGUGUGAUUCGACUGGAUGCUGCGUUUACGGCGCUCACGAUGGAUGUCAUUACACAUUAUUCGUAUGGCAAAAGCUACCGGUAUCUGGACGAGCCGGAUUUCAAAUUGGCAUGGAAAGAUGCUGUGUUGGCGGCCUCGGCCAACGGGGCUAUGCUACGCCAUUUUCCGGCGAUGUUGGCUGUGUCCAAGAGUAUGCCUCACUGGCUGCUGAAGAAGCUGGAUCCUCAAGCUGCUGUGCUAUUGGAGAUUCAGCACAUGGUGCGGUCGCAGUCGGUGGAGUCCCUGCAGCGGCUGCAAGCUAAAAAGGAGGAUAAUGAGAAGACGAAUACGGCCAAAACUACUAAUAACGAUGCCAAUGAUAAUAAUGAUGACGAACAAGCCAAAAGUAUAUUUGAUGCGCUCAACAACCCCUCUAUGUUGCCGCCGGAGGAACGCACGCUGGACCGGCUGCAAGACGAGGGACAGAUUCUGCUAGCUGCUGGCAGCGAGACAACGGCCAAGACGCUGGCGGUGAUUUCGCUACAUCUACUGCGCAGUCCGGCAGUGCUGGCCAGGCUUAGGGAAGAGCUGAUAUCGGUAAUGCCGACCCCAAUAAGUACAGCAAGCUGGGUCGAGCUGGAGGCGCUGCCGUAUCUGACCGCAAUCAUAAACGAAGGCCUGCGCCUGAGCUACGGAGUAACAACACGUCUACCGCGAGUUGCGCCUACAGAAGACUUGCAAUACAAAGAAUGGAUCAUUCCGCGGGGAACCCCCGUCAGCGAAACGUCCUACUUUGUGCAAAUGGACCCGACCAUCUUCCCAAACCCGGACUCCUUUGACCCCGACCGCUGGAUUCAAGCAGCUGCGCGGGGCGAGCGACUAGACCGGUUUAUUGUCUCUUUUACAAAGGGAAGUCGGCAGUGUUUGGGCAUAAAUCUCGCAUAUGCAGAGCUGUACCUCACCGUCGCGCACAUAUUCCGGCGGUUUGAGCUGGAGCUGUUUGAGACGGACGUGGAUGAUGUGCGGUUGGUUCGUGAUCGGUUCUUUGGAGCGCCGCGCGAUGGGUCCAAGGGUGUGAGGGCUAUUGUGAGGGGUGAGACUCUACUGUAG